CAGUCACAUGUUUCAUCCAACACAAACUUUUCGACUGCGAUCUCUACCACCACCAAUUUACCAACAUGGGAAUUACCAGAGACUCACGCCACAAGCGCUCUGCUUCCGGUGCCAAGCGUGCUCAAUACCGUAAGAAGAGAAAAUUUGAGUUGGGCCGUCAAGCCGCCAACACUCGUAUUGGUACCAAGCGUAUUCAUGAAGUUCGUGUCCGUGGUGGUAACAAGAAGUACCGUGGUCUUCGUUUAGAAUCUGGUAACUUCUCCUGGGGCUCUGAGGGUGUUGCCAAGAAGACCCGUGUCAUUCAAGUCGCCUACCACCCUUCUAACAACGAGUUGGUCCGUACCAACACUUUGACCAAGUCUGCCGUUGUCCAAGUUGAUGCUGCUCCUUUCCGUGUUUGGUAUGAAACUCACUACGGCAUCUUGAUGGGCUCUAAGGGUAAGAAGGCCACCCCUACCCCUACUCCCAAGUCCAAGCACGUCCAACGCAAGCAAAGUGCUCGUAUUGGUAGCGCUAAGGUCGACCCUGCUAUGGAGUCUCAAUUUGCUGCUGGCCGUUUGUACGCUUGUAUUUCUUCUCGUCCUGGUCAAUCCGGCCGCUGCGAUGGCUACAUUCUUGAGGGUGAUGAAUUGCACUUCUACCUUCGUCGUAUGGCCCCUAAGAAGUAAAAAAAAUGCUAUUCUAGCCAUCUUAAUGCAAAACAUGUGCCCGUAAGGAAUUUGGAUUAUAAAGUGACAGUAGAUUGAGUAGCUUAACUCAUGUAAAGUAGAA